GCGCGAAGAAGCCUGCGUCAGUCAAUCCGGCCAAUCCUGUGUCUCGUCCGCCCCCAGCGUGGCCCCGCCCCUGAGCCGGACCCGCUCAUGGCUUCGGCUGCGCGCGUGUUCUACACUGGGAAUGCCGUAGGGAGACGUAAACCAAGAUUUCAUUUUCAAGAUGGAAAGUCCAUCCGACUCAGCUGUGAUUUUACCUAGCACUCCACAGGCCUGCGACAGUCUACCAUCUCCCUGUACAAGUAGUUCAAGAAAACAACCUAUGAGUGCAACACUUAGAGAACGACUAAGGAAAACUAGAUCUUCAUUUAAUUCCUGUUCCAGUGUGGUAAAACGUCUUAAAGUAGAAAAUGAAGAAAAUAAGACCUUUUCAGAAAAACCAUCUCCAACAGAAGAAAACUGUUUGGAAUUUCGAGAAAGUAUUAAACACAUAGACGAUGAAUCUGAAGAAAAUACAUAUUUAAAAAAUACCUUCAAGAAUAUCAAUGUAUGUGAAUCCAAGUCACUUGAUAGUGGGUCAUGUACUGAUCUCCAGGAUGACUUUGUGAAUGAAAAUCUUCCAAAAAAAGAAUUAAAUGAAGAAAAAGCAAAAUUGGUGAAGCAGAUUCAGGAGAAAGAAGACCUUCUUCGGAGGCUAAAACUAGUCAAAAUGUAUAGAUCGAAGAAUGACCUGUCUCAGUUACAGUUGUUAAUAAAGAAGUGGAGAAGCUGUAGCCAGCUGUUGCUUUAUGAGUUGCAGUCAGUUAUAUCUGAGGAAAACAAGAAACUCAGCCUCACUCAGUUGAUAGACCAGUAUGGAUUAGAUGAUAAACUGCUACACUUUAACAGAAGUGAAGAAGAAUUUAUAGGUGUUUAAUUCAUAAUUUUUUCAAGAAUGUCUUUGAGAAUGACAACUUUAAAGAUACUUAUAUAUUUUAAAUGGAAGGUAUAAACUAUUAGGGCUUAGAGAAAGGUAUCUUAAUGAACAUCAAUUUAGGGCCUCAUAAAAAUAUAAAUAAUUUCUAAAUUGAAAAUUUGGUAUUUUGGAAAAAUUUGCAAAAGAAAACUUUACAUUUAAAGUAAUGUAGAAAAAAAGUUUAAAUCAUGUUUAAAAAAAUAAUUUGGGCAAUUCUGGAAGUCAGUUUUAAUACAUUGUUUUGUUUAUUGUGGUAAAAAAAAGUUUUAUUUUAAAUGUUAAAAAGUAGUCCAGUCUGGUGAUUGUCUAAAGCGAAACUGAUCUAAAAAUGCCUGCCUCUCUCCUAAGUUUAUGAACCUUGUUUCCAUCUAUUUACCACGUUUCCAUGGGGAUGGUCUAGUGGGUAAUUAAUUAAACUCCUAUGUCCAAAAUUACAUCCCUGUAUCUUCAAAAGUUUUUUGUAUUCCUCAUCUUAUUUAGUGAAAUGAACAUUUAUCUUUUACAAAAC